CGCGCCGGUUGACGGCCGGGCUCCAUUUUGUCGGCGGCUGCCGCGCGCGUUAGACGCGUCCCUGGGCGCGGGAGCAGCCGCUUUGCGCGCCCUCACACGCGGCGGCGACAUGCGGCCCGCGGACGUGGUGGAGCUGGCGGAGCCCGAGGAGGUGCAGGUGCUGGAGCCCGAGGAGGACUUCGAGCAGUUCCUGCUCCCGGUCAUCGGCGAGCUGCGGCCGCGCGGGAAGCUGUGGGCCGUGGACACGCUGCUGGUGCGGAUGCAGGCGCAGGGCCAGGCGGCCGAGGGCGCCCGCGGGGACCCGGCCCCGGCCCCGGCCCCGGAGGUGGCCAAGAUGGCCGAGAUGCUGGUGCAGCUGGUGCGGCGGAUAGAGAAGGGCGAGUCGGCGUGAGCGCGCCGGCCGACGCAGCCAUGGAGUCGGGUGAGCCGCUGGAGCCUGGCCGACCCCGGGAAGCUGGAGCCGCCGGAGCGCGUUUUCGCCCCUCCCCCUCCCCGCACCCUCUCCCCUCCCGUCUGCUCUGCCCUCACCUACGCCACGUCUCUGCUACGGCCAGUGCUUGGCGACCUCGGUCUAGUUUCGCUGUCGACUGUUCCCGCCCGGAGCGGCAGGCCCACGGGCUUGGGGGCUCCGGGUUUUCGGGGGGCUUAGCCCUCUCCGUGCGACCCCACGGCCCCCUGGGGCGCUAGGCCCCUGCGGGGGGGCGCCCGAGGCCGCGGACGUGGGCAGAGCCAGCAGCAGAAUGGACGGGCCGGACUUGCCGCGGGAAGGUGGACGGCAGCUCGGACCGCAGGCCGGAAGCGGAGGGGCACGCUGUGAUCCCGGAGGGGCGGGUGCUCGGGGUUGUGUGGCUCCUUCCCCGGCCUCGGCUGGUCGUUCCCUAGAACCCGGGCCAGGAGCUGAGGUCUCGGGGUCCGGACGGAUGGGGGUGAGGCGCCGCUGCCGCAGGAGACCCGGGCGGGGGUGGCGGGGGCUGCGGAGAGCAGGGCCGGCGCGAGCAGAGCCCGUUUACUGUGGGCCGUAAACUGGACAGGGCCCGGGGGUCACCGAGGUUCGGAGGUUGUCUGACUGUGAGUCCCUUCAGUAGCAGACCUGACGAGUACUUAGGUCAAACCCUGCCGUGUAUAAAAAUCAAAAUAAAAGUAUUUGUUUGCUUGAAAA